UUAGUCGUCUCGUUUGUUCUUUUUAACAUAGUUGAAUUUAUUUCCAUCUCUCUUUCUCUCUCUCAGAGAUGUACAUGGACGAGACCCUAGAGACUCCAGUGUAUAGACUCUGCUUCAGACCAUAGACUCUAGAGAGAGAAAGAUCUAGUAAGCAAAAACAAAAAAAGACUUGCAAGUGUUGUUUUAUUUCUCAAAGAAAAAGUCUACAGAGAUCAUCUUCUUCUACUAUUGUGUCUACUGUACCCCCACCCACCAUAUAAGGUGCAACCAGUAAAAUAUAUAGCCGGAGAACUUUUUCUACUCUUUUUGAACGUAAGUUAGAGAAACCCUAUCUCAUAUUUUCAACGAAAAAUGGAUGAAAAUGGUAUGAUUCAUGGAAAUCUUGAUCCUAGAGCUCAAGAAUUUAUACCAAGAUAUCCAUUUAUCCAACCCCACAACAACAACAAUAGCAAUUCUUUGCCUGUACUUCCUAAUCAAUUUUACUACCCUUACUCAUGUCCAACACCACCUCCACCUCCGUACCAUCUCCCGCCGGCAUACGUUAGUGCAAACCCACCUAUGGCUACACCAGUUUUGCCACCACCAAGUUCAAUGUGUACAAGGACUUUGUUGUUAUGUAUGGUCCCUGUUGAUGUGAGUGAGUCUAUUAUUAGAAGGGAUUUAGAAGUUUUUGGGGAUGUUAGAGCAGUGCAAAUGGGAAGGAUAAGGGAAGGGAUUGUAACGGUUCAUUUCUAUGAUUUGAGACACGCGCAAGCGGCGUUGAUGGAGAUUCAACAACAGCACAUGCAGCAACAGAUGCGUUUAAGGAGGCAUUAUUAUGACACUCUCAAUCCAAUUUCCAUGCCUUUAAUCGUUCCUCCACUUCCUCCCCCGGCGCGUGGACUCAUUUCUGGUAGAGCUGUUUGGGCUCAGUUCACUUUCCCUGUGACUUCUGCUCUUCCUGAUGGCAAUAACCAAGGGACACUUGUUAUUUUCAAUUUGGCCUCUGAAACUUCUACUGCUUCUCUUAGAGAUAUAUUUCAAGCUUUUGGGCAUGUGAAGGAAUUGAGAGAGACACCACUGAAGAGGCAUCAAAGAUUUGUGGAGUUUUAUGAUAUUAGAGAUGCAGCAAGGGCAAUGAUGGAGAUGAAUGGCAAUGAUUUAAAUGGUAAGCAAUUGAUGAUUGAAUUCAGCAGGCCAGGGGGAAAUAACAGAAGAUUCUCAAGAGCUUCUCAAUAUUCAUCACCUAGCAAUAAAUUCAAUACUCCUUUCAACAACAAUUACUCCAGAUAUAAUUCAUCCCCAACGCCAUCUCCUCCGAUUACCCCGCCCUCACACUCGUAUUCCAGACCUCAAAGGGUGUACAACCCCUCACAAUCCAAUCAAAUUCAAAAUCAGAAAUCGAAUUAUUUAGAAAGAAACCCUAGUGGAUAUAGCGGAAGUGAGAGUUCAGGUGGUGGGUCAGUUCAAGAAUCAUUGGCUUCUUUGAGUAUGUCAAAUAAUGUUAGGCCGGGGAAGAAAAAUGCCAAAAAAUGUGACAACAUUAGUGCAAGUAGUAGCAGUGUGGCAGGUGCAAGUUCUUCUCCAAGGAAUCCACAAAAAAUGUUGCAACAAGCUAGUAGGAGUAGCAGCAGCAGGCCAUGGAAGAUCAACUGGUCAUCAAAGCAGGCAAAAGAUUAUGAUCCUCGUUUUCUAAUUAAAGAAGAUGCCAUUAUGGAAUCAAAUUGCAUAGAUUCCAGAACUACUGUCAUGAUCAAAAACAUACCCAAUAAAUACAGUCAGAAGCUGCUGCUGAACAUGCUGGACAACCACUGCAUUCACUGUAACGAGCAGAUUGCCGACGGCGAUGAUCAGCCAAAAUCGUCCUAUGAUUUUGUUUAUCUUCCCAUCGAUUUCAUUAACAAGUGCAACGUGGGAUAUGGAUUCGUGAACAUGACUUCACCGCAGGCAACGUUGAGACUCUACAGGGCUUUUCAUCUUCAAAAUUGGGAGGUCUUCAACUCUAGAAAAAUUUGCCAAGUUACAUACGCUAGAUUACAAGGGAUUGAAGCAUUGAAAGAGCAUUUCAAGAACUCAAAAUUUCCAUGUGAAGCCGAAGAAUACAUGCCAGUGAUUUUCGCACCACCUCGAGAUGGGUCCUUAUUAAGUGAGCCUAAUCCUAUUGUUGGACGUGGCAUUAACCCUCCGUUGCUCCUCUCCGCCGUUAAUUCCUCAGAAGAAGAAGACUCGAACGACGAGUCAUCUGAUAAUAGUGAAAAUGGCUAUAUAAUUAAUAACACAACAGGUAAUGAUGAUGAUGACGAAGAAGAAGCAAGAAAUGUGACUGACAGACAUAACGGCGGCAAUAAUCAUGAUUCAACAUUUUCUUCUACCGUCUGCAUGUUGGCGUCUUCUUCAAAUUAAAAGAUUUUCCUUCUUUCUUAGCCCAACCAAACCCUUACGGAAGAUUUACUGCUAGCAGUGUUUGUUUAAUGUGAGGAAAAAAAAAAAAGGAAAGAUGAAUCGACCAUUCCCCAUAGUAGCUGAAAAGAGAGAGAACAGCUUGCUAGCACCCAAUGGGUUUGCGUGUAAAUCUCUUUCAACUCUAUAUGCCUCGGGGGAAGAUCCCUUCUUUCAUUUCA